AUGAGGGAUAAUGGAUGGGAUUCUUUACUAGAUCAAGUUGUUGUGUUUUGUGGGAAAGAAAAUAUCAUGGUUCCUAACAUGAAUCUCCAACUACAAGAGUUGAACAAUCGUUUCAAUGAGGCCAAUACAGAGCUACUCCUCUGCCUUGCUUGUUUAAGUCCGAAUGAUACAUUUUCUUGUUUUAACAAGGAACGUUUGAUGCAUCUUGCUCACUUAUAUCCGGCUGAUUUUUCUACAUCGGAUUUGUUGAUACUAGAGUCACAACUUGAUAUUUACAUUGAUGAUAUGCAGUCUAACUCUAAGUUUCAAAACAUGCAUGGAAUAUCUGAUCUAGCACUGAAACUUGUUGAGACAAGAAAGCAUAAGACUUAUCAAUAUGCAUAUCUGCUCAUUACCUUGGCACUAGUACUUCCAGUUGCAACAGCCACAGUUGAAAGGGCAUUCUCUGCCAUGAACAUCAUAAAGAAUCGAAUGCGUAAUCGAAUGGGAGAUCAGUGGUUGAAUGAUAGCUUAACAGUGUACCUUGAGAAAGAUGUGUUCAAUGCCAUUGACAAUGAAGUUAUAAUUCAGCGAUUUCAAAACAUGGCACCUCGUCGAGGACAACUAUAG